GCCUUGCCCUUGGCUGAGGCACUUGACGAGGUCGCCUUGGAUUUUGUUGCGCCGCUGAUUGCGCUUUUCGGGGAAGAUUGGACAAGGUGUUUUUAUAGCCGGAAUUGGCAGUGCCGAGUGGCAGCCUUGACACAUUUGGCAGCGAGCAUGGCCCAACGGCUAGAGGAGCUGUCGACAUCAGAGGUAUCACCUAAUGUUCUUGCAGAACUUCUGGAUGGAGCAAUGCGAGCUGUGCAUGAGGGUUUGGGAGACCAGAAUGUGCGAGUUUAUGCCGAGGCAUGCAUGUCAGUCACGGCCAUCGUGCCGUCUUUCUGCGGGACAGUUGAUGGGCGACUGCUAGUGGCGCAUCUGGCGCCCUUGCUUCGUCAGCUUUGUGCCCGCAUGGGCGACUCAAAGGAGGUCGUCCGCACUCAAACGACCCAGGCAAUUUUCCGUCUUCUGAACCCGCCAACGGGGAACAUCGUCAGCCCGGUGGCGAUUGCAAUGCUGAUUUUACGGCAUCUGAUGCCGAGUAAAGAAGAGGGCGACUCGCCCAUGGCCUCCGUUGCCAAGGGUGCCACGGGCAAGGAGCAUUCCAAGUCGAUCGUGCAGCACGCUGGCAGCACAAGCCCAGGCGAAUGGGCCAGGCAAGUUGGCAUGGCUGGCCACAAACUGCAGCAAGGCGUGCGUGUCCACGGUCCCGACAAGCAGGAUGUCGAAGUGAUAAUUGAUGAAACAUUUCGUUCCAUUCCAGUUCCAGAGAAGCUUGGAGUCACGAUCCUUUACAAGAUCCAGUCGGGAACGGGCGGUGACGACUCCAAUAUCCGCUCAAAUGCGAUUGUGCGUUUCAUGGCCGACACUUCUGAUGGUUUGGCACCUGAGGAGUGGCAGUACGGAGGAACUCGGGGUCCUGCUCCGCCUGUGGUCUUGGCCCGAAAGGACCAGGUGCCCUUCUCCAGCCACGACUUCGAAAUCAUUUGUGAAUAUAUCAGCCACUGGAUGGAGCAGGCCGGCGAAAGCGACGGCCACUUUACUGAGGUUACGAACCGGAUCUUGGAACCCAGCGCCUUCCAGCAGUUCGUUCGGGAGAGCACCGACGAUUUUCCGCUGGCUUUCCUGUCGCUGCAAUUCCCAAAAGGCAGCAUAGUUGAAGCCAGGGGCCUGAGUAAAGCAGAGUUGAACGGUUUGCAGGGGCGGGUGUGCCGCCAUAGCAGGGACCGAGUUGGUGUCCAUUUUCCCAACCGAGAUGUUUGUGCGAUUCGACCAGCGAAGCUGCGACUGGUUUACGAUGCGCCGCUCGAUGAACCGUCGGCAAAGCGGCAUAUGGGAGAAGCGCAGACCAAAGAAAGAAAGCAAGAGCUGGAAAGGCAGGAGGCGCUUCAGAUUUCCAGGCGUUUCGUUGAAUGCCUACAUGAAGACACAUUCCCAGAAAUGGGUGACCUGCAUCUAUUUGGCGUCGGCUGCGACUACAGGGCCAGAGCCACAGAGGUUCUGGCAGUCUGGCAAGGCCUUGUGAAGCACAUGCACUUCACAGCAGAAAAGGUCGCCGAAGCGCUUCUAGAAGGUAAUUUGCAAGAGUGCUUCAUUCAGUGGACGAAGGAGUUAGCAAGCUCAGCCACGCCAAACUCGACCUAUGCGAAGAAGCUAAUCGAGGCAAACUUCGCAGUUGAGGAAAGCUCAACGUUGAACCGCUCACAGAGAGUUGAAGUGAUCACGGCCAAUUCCUGGGAGGUGCCCUCCGGCUUGGCUUCAUGGUCUUCCUGCGACCAAGAGGUGCUGAAUGCUCUGACAGCACCGCAGAAGGGGGAGGAGAAGGCCACGAUCCGGUUGUUCCACAGCAUCCUCUUCUGCAUUGUGAAUCAGGAGGAGAACGAUCUAGCGGUUGUCAUUGCUGCGCUGAAAGCGUUGGGCAAGGCCUGCAAAGCUGAGAGAGACAAGACACAGGCAGCCCAGAGCGCGGAGGCAUUUGCAGGCAUUUGCCGAGCGAUACAGCAAGCCCUGGCAUUUCCUGUCGGCGCUGACCGUCUGGUUUUCCUUUGUGCCGUGGAGCUUUGCCAGCUUUCUGUGCAGCAGCUUGCUGCGAGUCUGUCCGGUCUUGACCUGAACAUGGCCUUGGCAAAGAUUUUUCCGACGCUGAUGGAGCGAACAGCGCUCUCUGGCUUGGCGGGGGACGUCAAGGUGGGGGUUGCAUCAGACAAGUUGGUGCAGCAGCUUGCCAAGCACCCAAAGGUGGGUUGCGAGGCAGUCACGAAGAUGGUGAUAGCCUGCGUAGCACGUUCAGAGCGACCUGUGCGGCCGCUGGUUCUGCUUCGCACAUUGCUGAGUGACUUCGGCCUACGGCUCUGCGCCCAAAAGGACGUGGUAAUGCUGCUGUUCGAUGCUGUAGCAGGCCACCUGGAACGACUCGAAGGCCAGGCAGAGCCGCCUUGCAUCGGGCGGAGCAGCGGAGUAUUGACGAGUUGUGAGGUUCAGUGCGAGGAAGCUGUGUCGAGGCAAUGGGUAGGGAUCGCCAUGGGUGCCUCCCACCAGAGGCGACAAGCAGACUUCACCUCUGUCGGCUCGCAGUGCUCGCAGCAGCAGCAGCCAGCUCCAAGCUUGAACCUCAGCGCCGUGAGUUUGGAUACUGGUCGACUUGAGGGUCCCGGCGAAGCCUUCGACAGCUUCGCUACCUGGGAACACCUCGGUUCUUCGCCCCUUGUGCCUUGGGAUUCGUGGUGGAAGCUUCGAAGGAGGAGGGUGGAGUCUUUGUUUGAGGCAGCUGCAAGUGGAGAUACGGCGAGGAUACGUUCUCUUUGUCGACAGCCCGUGGCCGAUUUCGACUGCGAGCACGGCGAGAACAGCGAGCCAGAAGAAGCGAUUGCGGAAGAUGCGGAUGUAAACUCAGACAAGGUCCACCCAGACACUCGGGGACUUUAUGGGCGUACAAGUCUGCAUGUCGCUGCACAUGCUGGCCAUGCGAGCUGUGUUUCGGCCUUGCUCGAGCUACGAGCCAGCAUUGAUGCGCAGACAGACGCAGGCUUCACUGCUCUGCAUCUCUGCUGCCAGCGUGGUCACUUGAUCGUCCUGCAGAUAUUGCUUGCGGCUGGCUGCGAUCUGACAACACAGGCGGACCAGGGCGAAACACCACUGCACCUGGCAGCUGCCUCUGGGCAGUCGCACGUGGUGGAGGAGCUCCUUCUACGAGACGGAGACCGAGACCGAGAUCGGCAAAAGAGUCUUUUGCAGAUACAGAACCACUUCGGGCAGCGGCCCUGCGAGGUCGCCGCCGAUGCCCAGACACUCCGCUGCUUCCCCAAAGGCGUGGCUGUGGACAGCUACGCCGGUCGGCAGAUCCUCGAGUUCGGCGAGGAGGAGGAGGAGGAUGGAGAGGAAGAGGCAAAGCCGGCAGAGAAGAGGGAGGCGCGGCCAGCAGUGCUUCUGAGGAGCUCGCGCUGCGAUGCGGUGCGACGGCUGCUCACCGCCGCAGACGCCGAUGCCAACGCCGCCUCGCCACUGACGGCCCGUCCGGCAUCGCGGUCUCUCUCGCAGUCCUUCCUGAGGCUGCAGGAGAGGGAGCCUUCCGAGGCGAUCGGGCCGGACUCCUUCCGCCUGCUGUCUCUUCUAGGUAAGGGAUCUUUUGGGGAGGUCUUCCGAGUCGAAGACCGACAAACGGGCCAGGUCUUUGCGAUGAAAGUACUGCGAAAGCGUAAGAUCCUGAACAGAAAUCUGAUGCGCUAUGCGCUGACGGAAAGGAAUCUCCUCUCGUACAUCAGGCAUCCCUUUAUCGUGAGGCUGUAUCACGCCUUCCAAACUCCCAGCUGCCUAGUACUCGUGCUCCAAUAUUGUCCCGGUGGCAACUUAUCGAUGCUGUUGCAACGCGAGGGCGCGCUGCCAGAGGCAGCGGCGCAGCUUUACCUGUCUGAGGUGCUACUCGCCUUGGAGCAUUUGCACGAGAGGCGAGUUGUCUACCGCGAUCUGAAACCCGAAAAUGUGGUCUUGGACGACGAAGCUCACGCUGUACUUACGGACUUUGGUCUCUCAAAAGAGGGCGUCGACAAGUUCGGUGGCACCAAGUCUUUCUGUGGCUCCGUUGCGUACCUUGCCCCCGAAAUCUUGACCCGCUCCGGGCACGGGCGGAAUGUGGACCUCUACGGCCUGGGUGUGCUUCUCUUUGAGAUGAUGGAAGGCCAGCCACCAUACUACAGCAGAGACAGGGAUACAUUGUUUCGAAACAUCGUGACCGCCCCACUGCAGGCUCCGUCGCGUUGCAGCUCUCGGUGCGCUGACCUCAUCAAGGCCCUGAUGCAGCGAGACCCGGCCAAAAGGAUCGGCAAAAGGCAAACAUCCGAGGUUCGCUCACACCCUUUCUUUGCCGGAAUUGAUUUCGACCAAGUGCUCAAGCGCGAGGUUCCCGUGCCACCUCUGCGGCACUGGUCCACAUCCUUCUCCAUGCUGCGCUCAAACGAAAAGGUGGCCAGCCCGUUCGAGGGCAGAUUCGGACGAAAGGUGUUCCGGUCAUGGUCUUCCUCUGCACAGGACAUCCGGGGUUGGGAGUUCUCCUUCGUCGACGAUGAGAUGUACGAUAUACCUUCCAGAAGUCUAUCGAAAAUUGAUGUUGAGGAAGCCGGGAAGACCAGGAAGCAACGGAUGCGACGAAGCGCGACGCUGGGUGAUCUGCGGAGAGCUGCGAGCACCACGCUCAGAACACUCCUUUCUACGUGUGAAUGUGAACGGUGUCGAUUAGCUUACUCUGAGGACAGUGAUGCUAUUCGGCCACAGCUCAUCGCGGUCUUGGCCACGCCCGAUGCCUUCGAAGAGAGUGGCGAUGAGGUUCAAGUGAGUCAGCGAAAGCUGCUUUGUGCAGCGCUGGCGGAGGCGCCGGACUCGCGUUUGAUGGCUUUGGGCGCUGCAGCUGCAGAAGACUCUUCGGCCACUGUGGCAGGAAGUGCGGUGAGAGCUGCAUCACGCUCUCGGAGCCGGGCUAUGUCUCCGGCUAAGCCUUCGUCGCCCGGUCCGUCACCGACGGAAGCACGGACGGUGGGCAGCGCUCCACAGGCGCUGAGCCGACACCAUAGCCGCUCCAACUUAGGGAAACCACCCAUGGAUCCCAGUGGUCCCGGUGGCGGGACACGGAGAUGCGACUCGCAGAAGCGUGGUGAGAGAUCCCCAUCUUUCAGAGAGGUCCUUCAGCCUCUCGGCCCCAUUGGUACCCGCUUGGACGGCGGCCAACAGAAGAUGUGGGCGCCCUUUUCACGGUAG